GGCACCUAUAAUAUUUAGGAAGCUGUGACUGCUCCUAAAGAGCUUUGUCGCAUACCUUGGGCGAAGAGGAAGGGAAAGAGUUUAGAGAAGGUGUAAGCCAAGUUGUAGAAUAAAAUAUGGACCAACAAUUCUGUCUCCGGUGGAACAAUCAUCAAAAGAACCUAACAGACGUACUGAGUGGCUUACUACAAAGAGAAGUUUUAGUAGAUGUAACUCUUGCCUGUGAUGGUGAAACAUUUAAAGCCCACCAGACAAUUUUGUCAGCUUGUAGCCCCUAUUUUGAAAGUAUUUUCCUACAGAACACCCAUCCGCACCCAAUAAUUUUUUUGAGGGAUGUGAAUUAUACGGAAAUGAAGGCUCUAUUGCAAUUUAUGUACGAAGGUGAAGUUAAUGUAAGCCAGAACUUGCUUCCAAUGUUCUUGAAGACAGCUGAGGCCCUUCAGAUACGUGGACUUGCUGAUAAUGCAGUUAGUAAUAAAACUUCUGAUGACCUACCAUCAUCAGCAGUGAACUCUCCAGCUAGAAACUCAGAACAUCAUAGUAGACCUAAUAGCCCGCCUCCAGAAAAGAGGAAACGAAAGUCAUCUGGAAAUUGUGACAUAUCUGGAGCCACCAGUGAUCGUUUUCACUCAGAUUCACAGACAUCAUCACAGUGCAGUUACAAGUCCAGCCCUGCCUCAGUUCCAAAGCUAAAUGCCAUAACACCUGACAUUGAAGAGGUUGUGGAUAUACCAUCAUCUCCUCCUCCUAUAAAGCAAGAGGUUGAUCCAAGCCAUUCAGAAUAUAAGGAGCCUUACUUGAACAUAGCAGAGACACUCUCCCUACCGUCGGCUGGGGUUGGUAUCCUGAACCCAGGUGAUAUGAACUCUCUUCAUGGGUCAGGUUCCAUGGAUGCUAGUGACCAGGAGCAGGGUCCUGCCUCACAAGACACCUUGGAUGGCCUUGAUGCCAUUCCAAAACAUUUGAGAAUGUCAGCAUAUCUGGAAGAACAAAUGGAUCGAGGUUAUGAGAGCAUGUAUUAUAAGGUGCCUGAUAUCCCAGCUCUGUACAACUGUAAGGUGUGUGGCAAAACUGUCAGUAACCGGUGGCAUCACACUCGCAGCCACAAGCCCCAGAAUCUCAAGUGUCCCUUGUGCCAACAAGUCUUUACAAGAAGGGACAAUAUGAAGACUCAUUUAAAAUGGAAACAUGGUGGCUUAUCUAUAUAAAUAGAUUCAAGACUAAGGAAUACAUAUAAAGCCCAUUUCCUUAAAUGGCAUUUUAUAACAUAGCUAUUUAUUGUCUCAUAACAAAAAAAAUGUGAACUUGCAUUUCCUUUUAGAUUAAAGUUCUAAGAACAGUGUAAAACCUGGUACUACAUGAUCAUCGGGCAGUGGAUAUUAUCUCGGCUCGCUUUGCUGUGCUUUUAUAUGUUCAUUCUGAUUAAAAUUUAGUAUGUUCAAAGAGAGACUCGACCCAUGAAACAAACUGACAUUGGAGAAAUUGUUGAAAGUGAUGACCAUUAUGUUCCUUACAUACACUUAUGCAGCAAAUCAUGUUAUAAAACAUUCACUGUAAUGUGUCUGUCCCUGUGGCAUUUCCUGAAUACUGAAUUUGAAUCUGUAUAGUGAUUUUCAUCACCAUAUGCUUUGAAAUGGCCCAUGCAAUAAAUCCAGGAGGCUAACAUUUUCACUUCCUGUUGGACAUAAUCCUUUUCUAUGAGCUGCAUGUACCAUAUGCCAGAGAUGUGCAGUGAGUAUCAGCAGGCACUUUGGCUUGUUCCGAACUUGUUUUAGGGAGUUCAUUUGGUGAUGGAAGUUUCCACAAAUAGGCAUGAAAUCCCAUCUUGUGUCACCAGAAAGCUAGGUUUACUGGGUACCUCUUCGAUUUCUCAUUGUACCCAUGAGCCCAGCUCAUUAUUUUCUUUUUGUUGGUUAUUUUUCAACAAUGUUAGUGUCUGGAAUAUAUAGCAUCAAAUGGUGAGAUGAUUGAUAGUUAUAGGCAGUGUCAAGUAACUUCAAACAAGACCCUGCAUUCCUAGUCAAAUCCUGCACAUGGCUUGUGGUGGGAGGAGUUUCUUAACACUCGUUCUUCCACUUUCACCAACCCCUCAUGUUUCAUUGAAACUACCCUAUUCUCUUUUCGAGGAACAUAUUACAAUAAUGCAAAUAUAUUGUCACUCAUCAUGCAAAGAAAAAUACGUUUAAUGUGUAUUACUAAUUUAUACUUUGAAAAUUAAAAUAUAAUAGUCAUAUGUAAUGAGGAAAAGAAUUUACGAUUUAGCGCACAAGGAAACUGACGUUUUUAAACAGAUGAUAGAAAAACCGUAAGUAUAACCUUCUUCGAGGGUGCCUUAUAAACAACUGGACACCUGUCACUUCUCACACCCUCGAACCCACCCCCGUGUCUGAAAUUUUUCUUCUGCGCAUUCAAGGUUACUCUUGGCCUUGUUGAAGUUACGUGACACUUGCUAUAGUAGUAACGUCAGUCAGGAUAGCCAUUGUCUCAGCCAAGAUCCCAACUUAACACCACCCAAAUACAAGUUGAGAGCACUAUCACUAAACCAACAUAUUCAGAUUCAUAAUUAGAACACAAAGAAUGAAUAAAUAUUCUGCAUAAGUUUACAACAUCUUAUGUUGAUUGUAGGCCAGAUGAGACCAUAAUAUAAACUGUGUGAAAGAAAUUGAGAUCCUCACAGUCGUGUCUGUGAUGAGUUCUGUCUCCUGGUACAUAACACCAUGUAAUCUGUUUCAAGUCUUCGCUCUGCUUGCUUCCUUCUUCAUGCAGGUUUCAUGUUUGUCUUACACUUUGAACUUGAAGAUGAGAUGACGUGUUCCUCAGAAAUAUCAGUUGACUUUCGACAGACUACCUGAUGUUAUAUCCCAGAAGGCAGACCUCUUUGGGAAAGAAUGGUUUCUGUAUAACGUACAUUGACAGAACCUCAAUUUGAAGAGCUGUUCUCUUUUAGAGUAUAAUGUGAUAUAUGAAUGGUGCUUUUGGAAUGUGAACACACAGAUCAUUCAGAGAAAUGUCAGUCCUAGAAAGGGUCAGCUGUUGAGUACUGUGAGUAAUAUUGUGUCAUUACAUUGAGGAAUUUCUGUCUAACCAAGUGUUUACCCCACAAGUCCUAAGUGACAAAAAUGGAAAAUCAUAGUAGUUGGAAAGCUUGGCAAUAAGCAUUGUGCUUAACAUGCCUGAGUAAAAUGUUGAGAGGAACUCAGUUCAUACCUCAGCCAGGUCACCGGCUAUUCUGACUUUCUUUUUUGUUUUUUUCUUUAGUCUCUUGAGAAAUAUGCUGGGGUAGUACCAUAACCAGGCCACAACUGCUUCCAUCCAAAUUCUUUGCAAAUUAUCUCCCAUAUACCAUCCAUCCCUUCAGCAUUAUGUAAGUUGUUAAAUGACUCACAAAUAAGCAAACAAAUACGAUGUUGAUUCUAAAGGGUUCUGAUGAUGGUGGAUGACACACAGAAUUACUGGGUUUCUGGACCUUUUCCAUUGUCCGCAUUCUAAGUAACAGAGGACAGGACGUUUCAGAAACUGGAUCUGUUUGCGUCUUCAGGUGAGAAAAGAAGACACCUACUCAGUGAUUGAGAUUAGCUCUUUCUAAGGGGCCCAACUAAGUGGGGUCCUCCUUUCUCACCUGAAGACGAAAACAAAUCCAUUUUGGGAAACAUCGUGUCCUCUCUUACCUAGAAUCCGGAUGAUGGAAAAAGUCCAAAAACCCAAUAAUUCUGAAAUACAGUGUUGAAUGACGAGAUGCAAAUGAUUUAUCUAAGAAAGGAAGCGUAUUUAGGGCUCUUAUUACAUGUUCACCCAUAGCACAAAAUGCUGUUCACAGACUGGAAUUUGUUACUAUUAGUAUAAACUUUAUCACGAAGUAAGAUUGGAGAUCAUCUGCAAUUUCUUAUAUAACUCUUCUUAGUAUUCUUGACUUAAGUGCAACAUAUGAAGUGUAGUGAAAAUUAUAAUAAUGUCAGAUUUUUCAAAUGAAAAUGUAUAAAAAAUCUGGAUUUUCUUAGUAUGUAACAGUGCUUAAUUUCCUGAUUAAUUAAUAUGGUAAAUGCUGC